AUGCUAAAGACUCCGAAAAGUGAAGACGCGACCGCACAGACGAUGGACACGGACGGCACGCAACUAGCGAACGUUCUGAGAAGCAAUUCAAAGUACAGCAUCAAUACGACGGCGAGGGCGUGCGAAGUUUUGUGCGAGAAUUGCGCCGACUGGCCAGCAGAGCAUGGGAAAAUGAUUCGCCCUUCGGAAUUGGAGAAGUUGCUGGAACAACUAAUCAAGGGGUCCAGAUCCAAUAACGUACGACGGCAUCUGCUCAUGAACCCACCUUCGGACUUGGAGAUGGCUGUUAAACGUGCAGAAGAUAUGGAGAAGCUGGAGGCGGGCACAGUAGCACCUUGA